AUGCCGCAACCUGAGCAUGGCGUCUACACAGUUUUCGUGGAGCUUCCCAAUACUAAGCUGGAGCUGCUGUCUCCACUGGGCGAGAAAAGCCCUAUCCAGGCGUUCUUGAACAAGAACAAAGACGGCGGUAUGCAUCACAUCUGCAUUGAAGUCAAGGACAUCGAAAAAGCUUUGAAGAGUGUCAAAAAACCCGAAAAUGACGUCGAUACGAUCGCUAAGGUUUUGCAUGCAAUUGUGGAUCAGGUGGCCCGCCUGGAAACAAGCAGCCUUGAUACAAUGGUCAAAGUUGAGUCGUCUCAAAAUGACGAAGAGUGCAAAAUUACGAAAACGGAGUCCGCUGACGUUGUGGACCUUGAAAAUGAGCUUCUCGACGAAGACGUAAUAGUUUUGGACGAGGAUGCCGCCGCGCUCGAACCAACGCCGAGCUUGACGCAAGCUGAGGUCCCGGAACCCGUUGCGGAUCCAACAGAUCCGCUGGAGCGCGUAUCCGUUGGACUUGGCAUGAGACCACGUGAAUUAUACAGACGCAUGGAACGACACUUCGUACAGCAAGGACGACAAUACGUGCAGGCUUUGGAGAAAAAAGUGGAAACCCAGGAUAAGUUGAUCGAAGACCUACAACGUCGAAUCGCCCUGCACGUGCAAAGGAACGAUGAAUUGGUGCAGCAGCGAAACGUGUAUAUGCAGCGGAUUCCUGUUUUGGCCGAGGAGGUGGCGAAGUUGAAGAAAGCCAGUCUCACCGCAAAUGCCGCCCCCCAGCAGGUUCGAAAUAUGGGUGUGCGGACUGGUGCAGUUGGCUCACCAGCCAACCGGGUAGCACCAAUGAUGAGGAGCGAGCCACCUUCGACGGCGAUCAAACGGCCGGUCCCAUCUUCGAGCUCAAAUGAUCACAAGCGCGUGCCAAAGCCGGCUGGUUCAGUGCUGCCCAGCCCUCUCUUGAAAUUAUUCGGGUUCGACUUGUCUGCGAGCAGUCGUGUCAACAUCGAUAUCGGCGUUGUUUCGGCGAAUGCAGUGUUUCCGAUCACGCAGAUGAAUACACUGCGAAUCCUACCUACCUCAAUCGGUGGCUGGGUGAUGCCUCCCGUCAUCGAUGGCGCCUAUCGA